AUGGCCAUCAACGUCACUCGCUGGAGCAUCUGCUUGCUGGUGCUCCUCAGCAUCCUCCCCUCCGUGUUUGGACUCUACUUCUACCUCGAGGGUUCCGAGCAAAAGUGCUUCACCGAGGAGCUCCCCAAGGAGACCAUGGUCAUAGGUGACUAUACCGCCGAGGAAUGGAGCGAGGAGCACAAUAAGUUUAUUCACAACAAGGAGGUCGGAAUCGAGGUCAUCGUCGAUGAAUUGCCAUCGGGUAACAGGAUCUACAGCCAAAAGUUGAGCCCCAAGGGCCAGUUCAAGUUCACCUCUGCCGAGUCUGGUCAGCACGCGAUCUGCAUCUUCACCUCGACCGCCGGAUGGUUCAGUUCCACCAAGAUCAGACUGAACUUGGACUUGGCGAUUCGCGACAUUAUGGAUGAUGCUACCGAGGCUUCCGAGGGUACCUUGAGUGACUUGGCCCAGCGUGUCCGUGAUUUGAACCACAAGGUCAACGAUAUCAGACGCGAGCAGUCAUACCUUCGUGACCACGAGAGAGAGUUCCGUGACAAGAGCGAGGCGACCAACGGACACACUGUAACAUGGACUAUUGUUCAGUUGGUGGUGUUGGCCAUCACCUGCGCCUGGCAGAUGCGUCAUCUCCGUGGCUUCUUUGAGGCCAGAAAGAUGAUCUAA